AUGGCCAAGAAAGAGAUGGAAGUGGUGAAGGGUUUGGAUAUAGAAAAAUACAUGGGAAGAUGGUAUGAAAUAGCUUCAUUUCCAUCAAGAUUUCAGCCCAAAAAUGGUGUAAAUACAAGAGCCACUUACACACUGAAUCCUGAUGGCACUGUAAAUGUUCUUAAUGAGACAUGGAGUGAUGGUAAAAGAGGGUCCAUUGAAGGCACUGCAUAUAAGUCUGAUCCCAAAAGUGACGAGGCAAAACUCAAAGUCAAAUUCUAUGUGCCCCCUUUUUUGCCUAUAAUUCCUGUCACUGGGGAUUACUGGGUUUUGUAUAUUGAUGAGGAUUAUCAGUAUGCUUUGAUUGGCCAGCCCAGUCGGAGGUAUCUUUGGAUACUGUGCAGGCAGCUCCAACUUGAUGAAGAGACAUACAAUAUGCUUGUACAAAAGGCUAAAGAUGAAGGGUACGAAAUUGACAAACUCCACAAAACACCACAGGCUAAUCCUCCACCAGAAAGUGAAGAUGCCCCAAAGGACACCAGAGGGAUUUGGUGGAUUAAGUCCAUUUUAGGAAAGUGA